GGAGUUUCACGCUAAUGACCCGAAUGUCAUCUUAGGCUUUCCUCGGGAUAUCACCAACGGUUGGAAAACUCACGAUAUAUGGUGAAUGUUUAUACUGCUUUCGGCGUAAAGACACUCCAGACGUUCACGACCAAGAACAACGUACACAUAUUGGAAAUGCUGAACCUGAUGAGAGAAGAUCAACGACUCUGGGGAGAAGAGUUUUCACAUUGCCAUGGUUAUUACCCAGUCACUUGUCAGGGCCUCAACGCAGAGGACAGGAAGAUAGGCGCCCCUCAAUGUCCAAUUACCACCGUUAGACCUUUUAUCCGAAGAGGCUUGUCCAGCAAGUUCUGUCGAGGCAGCCAGACGGCAACUGAUGUCGGCCAGAUCGGCUGUCACCC